CCAGCCCCGGAUGUGGGCGCGGCCUGUGGUAGAACCGAGAAAACCUCUACCGCGGCGGUUUAGAGAGGCGGAACUGAACCUUUUUCUUAAUUAUCAUGUGAUGGGUUCUGAGUUUAAUGGGGGGAAAAGUGUGGAAAAGGACAAGAAUCCAAACUGGCGAAUUUCCUGAUCUUCGCGGCCCUCCCCGCUCUCCGGUCAGCGGCGCUGCCAGUCUCACUUCCCACUAUAUGGCAGCCUCUGGCAAGGAAAGAGACCAGCAUAGAAAAUGUCUUCUGGAAACAAGCACACUGCAGUAGGAAGCAUUUGCCAGCUAAAUAAACAAGUGCAAGUAGAUGAGCAUAAGGGGGAAAAGGGCAUAUUUUCCUUUUUUCAACCCUGCAACAGCCUCUUUAAACUGUUUAAAUGAGAAUGUCCUUGGCUCAGAGAGUACUACUCACCUGGCUUUUCACAUUACUCUUCUUGAUCAUGUUGGUGUUGAAACUGGAUGAGAAGGCACCUUGGAACUGGUUCCUCAUAUUUAUUCCUGUCUGGAUAUUUGACACUAUCCUCCUUGUCAUGUUGAUUGUGAAAAUGGCUGGGCGGUGUAAGUCUGGCUUUGACCCUCGACAUGGAUCACACAAUAUUAAAAAAAAAGCCUGGUACCUCAUUGCAAUGUUACUUAAAUUAGCCUUCUGCCUGGCACUCUGCGCUAAACUGGAACAGUUUACAACCAUGAAUCUGUCUUAUGUCUUUAUUCCCUUAUGGGCAUUACUGGCUGGGGCUUUAACAGAACUUGGAUAUAACGUCUUUUUUGUGAGAGACUGACUUCUAAGUACAUCAUCUCAUUUCUAUUGCUGUUCAACAACCUAUAAAGUGUUCUGAAUCUUUGCAAGCUUCAAGAGUACCAGAGAACUGAGGGAAAAUACCAAAUGUAAUUUUGUACUACUUCCAUAAAACAGGAUUGAUGAAUCAUGGACUUCUAGUUAACCCAAAGCUGAAUUAUUCAGUAUUUGAGUUGAUAUCCUUAUUAUCUCUAUGUAAAUAAACAUUGUUUUUGACCUCAUUUUUUCCAUAUGACUCGAAUAAACUGUUAUAUGGGUUCAUUAAAUAAAUACAGACCCUUUGAUCUACA